AAUGCAUUGGUUUUAGUAUUUGAGUGACAAAAGCGUGACUAAAGUGACUAAACUUGUGUUCAAUUUAGUCAUGUCUUCACAUAUGAUCACCAAUUGAUGCCAUCAUUGAAAUGCCUGACAAUGAGACCAUUGAUAACAAUAAAAGACCCAAAAGAAGAGCCGCUCAGAGGACAUACCAGUCGUAUGAGAAUCAGACGAGUGUCUGGUCUGAAGACAAGGACCUGAAGAGAGCUCUAUUGGCGUCACUUCAAGACGUGAAGAAGAGUUCACUCAAGUCUAACACAGGUUUUGAACCAAACCAGAAGAAACAGUCCAUCACUGAUAAGACAAACAGAAGUGAUUCAAAACUUAUUGCUCACAACAGUUCCCAUUCGGUGAUCUGCAAAGAGGGGAAUCAGUCAUUAGUUGCGGACAAUCUGUUGUCAUUAGCGGCUCACAGAAGGGCCAGAGUUUCGGCUCAAAGAAAGUUCGCUCAAAGUUCAGGAUUUGGUGUCAAUAGUCCGGUCUCUACGCCCGUCAAGAGCGGCGGUUUUGUCGCUUCCAGUAAUGUCGUCGAACUGUUCCCAAACCUUAAGCCAAACACCGAAGACUUUCUCACAUUCCUAUGUCUGCGCCGGUCAUCCAUUUUACCACCGAAUCUGGACUUCACUCGAGUUAAUAGUGAUAGGAAUGGACACGACGUGAAAGAGGAAUCAGAUUCGCAGAUAUCAGGAGAUGAGUCGGAAGUGAACGACAAGUAUACCAAUUGUCGUAUCAGAUCCAGUGAUGACCGAAGAGGCAGUGCAUCGAAUUUAGAGCCAAACCUGAAACAAAGUCAACUCAAAAAGAUCUCUAUUAAGUCAAACAAAAGCGAUAAUAAAAGCAUUAAUUCAUUGAAAGAGAAGUAUAAACAGCAGAGGAUUGAAAGGAAAUCUUCAAAUCCGUCCAAAAGUGUAAUUAAGAAAAUCGAUUCUUCGAAAGCCUUUAAAGAAAACAAUUCUAAAGAGAAAUUGUUUGGAACCGAAAGGAUUCAAACGAGACAACAGUUAAGGAAUCAUUCAUACAAUCAAAGAAUACAGAAAACGGAAGACACGGUUAAGUCGAAGAAUGCUAAUUGCGAUUCUUCUGAACGGGUAUUGCGUUCACACCAUUCAGUUGUGUUCAAUCAAUGUUCGCCUAAAUUAACCAAAAUAUCCAAUAAAGCGUUCGUCCGAAAGGCCGACACAAACAAGAGUUUGAAUUCAAAUUCUAGUCAAAUGGGAAUCAAGCGAAUGAAGAGGAAAGCCCGUCCAAUGGUUCCACUCAUUGAUUAUUACUUUGACAGUGAGUUUGAAAGUGAUUCCGAAAAGAAAGGCAUUAAAAAUGAAUCGAAAAAAUUAUUGAAUACAAACGAAUUGAAAGCCAAAAGUUUGAGACACAAUAUGAGUGACAAUAAGAAAAUGUCGAAAUCCAUAGCAAAGAACGCGAGGGAAUCGCGAAGUCCCGGCCGUCCGAAGACAGUGUUGAGAAAUGGCAACAAAACCAAAGCUAUUCCGACGACACAAACACGAGUACUGACCCGUAGUUCGCGACCACUUUCGCCGCCGAAGGAUAGCAAACAGUUAGAGAGAGAACAUCUGAUUAAACAACAAAUCAUUGCCAUCGAGAGAAAGCACAAGCGAUUGCGUCGAUGCCCUUCUAAUGAAAGUCUUCACUCGUCCUCUUCUUCCAGCAGUUCUUCGUCAUCGGAAUCGUUGCCAAACUCUGACUCCUCGUCUUCGAGUAUAAACAACACACGUCUGACUCGAUCUCUGGAACACUUGAAGAAGAUUCGCGACAUCGCAGCCAAACUCAAAAGAGAGCAAAACAAACAAAAUAAGAGUAAAGCCAAUGAUAAAAGUGAUGACUCGAAAAGUACUGACAAAAAUGUGAAGCGAUUUAACUCUUCGAAGAAGGAGAAGAAGAAGCGAAUCAGUCCGCCCGAAGGCUUAAAUGAAGAGUUUGAGACCAUAUAUCAUCACAACAGCGAUAUAAAUGGAACCGAAGACUCGAUGGCAUCUAUGGACGAAGACAUGGAAAGGGCAUCAAUUGUUUUGCAAGACAUGGCCGAAGACAUGAACACACUGUUAGUGAACGGCUCGGAAAAUGAUCUCCAAUACGGCAGUACUGAACACAUUCAGGGACUCAUGACGUGUGAGUUUUCGGGCGCCUUCUCCGACGAGACGGUCACCGCUGCCAUAAACGCCACGUAUUCUCUGCCCACUAAUGGCUGUCAAACGGAAUAUAGUUAUGUGGAGAGAGACGACACAGAACUGCGUCCAAAAGUGGACGCCUCGACCAACACCACCGAAGACGACAUUAUGGACUCACUUUCGUCGGACGACACGCGAACGUCCGAUCAAUUCGAGUACAAUUAUAAGACACUCUCUGUCGGCACUCAAACUAAUGUCAAUUCUUCUGCUCAAACCGACGGACCUCUCGAAUGAUCUUCAAAUCAUUUUUACUUAUUUUCUAUUUAUUUUAUUUAAGGAAACAUUAAAAGUAUACAAUAUUUUAAUUACAAGAUAUCCACACAUUUUCCGCACACUUCUGCCGUUCAAUCAACGAAAUACUUAACUCCAAAAUGAAAUGUAUUAUAUUUUUUAUAU